AUGGCGGGGUCCAAGGUGAAGCAGGACAUGCCUCCAUCGGGAGGCUAUGCUGCCAUCGACUACAAGAGAAAUUUGCCCAAACGCGGACUUUCAGGUUAUAGCAUGUUUGGUAUUGGAAUUGGCAUUAUGAUGUUUGGAUACUGGAGGCUGUUUAAAUGGAACAGAGAAAGACGGCGUUUGCAGAUAGAGGAGUUAGAGGCACGAAUCGCCAUGAUGCCUUUACUACAAGCUGAACAUGAUCGAAGGACUUUACAAAAACUACGAGAAAACCUUGAAGAAGAAGCUAUUGUCAUGAAGGAUGUUCCAAAUUGGAAGGUUGGUGAAAGCAUGUUCCACACAGAGCGCUGGGUCACCCCUCUGCCAGAGGAACUAUUCAACCUACGACCAAGAGAAGAACUCUUGCACAAACGUUUUGGCUUCUUGUGGUAUGUUUAA